UUCUUGAGUAACUACAACAAACAUUCUUAGGGAUUCUUGACAAGGGAGGACAAUGGACAGUGGGUACCCGUCUGUCCACCUAUUCUUGGCAGUGGUGGAGGAAGAAUAUGAUCACGCUGUUGUCGCUAGUGAAGAACUCGAGUAUGAGGUAGUUAGCGAUGUUGGAGUUACAGCCAGUAAACAAAGGAAGGCUAAAGUACCCAUACCCUCCAAGGUAAAGACUAUUAAGGAGAAGGAGACAAGUAAGGACAAUGAUAAUGAUGAAAGCUCUUGGGGUGAUUUAAAUCCCGAGUCGGUAACUUCCAAUGAAGGCUUUGAUUUUAUUCGCAUCCUUGGUGAUGAUAAAGUUCUAUCCAAAUUUGAAGAGGCUAAAAGGGUGGAGGCCUUGGUAGUGAACAUGGAAGAAGCCUUGGCAAAUCUCCAAGUUUGUCGAAAAAUUCUGGCCAACGAAAUAAGUGUUGAAAAAGGUAAGGCCAAGGCUGUAGUCGGUGUUAGUAGAGAAAAAGGGAAGAAGGUCACCGAGGUAAUUAGCUCUAAUUCCAAUGAAAGCAAUAAUGACAGAUCAAGUUUUGAUGAUGCCUUGUCUAAAAGUGAGAAUGGUUCUGAACAGAGAGGUAAAGACGUAGGUUUCCAAGGCAGCAUUGACAUAAACAGGGCUGCCCUUGAAGAAUUUGAAUCAGAUAUGGGUGAUGCUACGAAGAAAUCCAUUUCUAAUAAAAGCAAAGUAGAUGUUGGCACGCCAGCCAUGAGCUCAACAAAGAAGGCUGCCAACCCCGAUGAGAUCGAGCAUUAUGGUCAGCCAUCCUCGACAACAGCUAAGUCAGGUGAGAUCGAGGACUCGACCAUGAGGUUGUUAAAAAAUCUUGAUGAGAUGAACAAGGAUAGAGAUGUCUCAUUGGCUCGAUUCGGCUUAGUGCCCAUGGGUGGCUUAUGAGUAGUGGGUAAGUUCGCAAUUCCCACAAUGUUGGAGCCGUGGGCACGCCAUCUGUUAGACAUCUUUCCAAAUCUGACAACGCGCAACAAAGCCAAGAAAGUGGUGGUCGAAGACACCUUCCUAAUCCUUUGUGCGACCAUGUGACAUAUGGAGGUAACUCCUUUUGCUAAAGUGAGCGAGGGUUUCUUCUAUUUGUGUAGGGAUGCCAUUAAUGAUGCUAAAAGUAUAAACUUUGACGUUAACG